CUUAUCGGUCCACGCAUGCGCAGCACGCUCCCCCCGCUGGUCCCGGCCUGUCAAGAGCAGGCAGAUGGAAACGUAGGCAAGUGGAUUGGGGUGAGGUCAUGUAUUUUUAAGGCGCACAACGGAAUAAAAGCACUUUCCUCCGGAGGCAUAAACGCGUCGUCCCGCUGCUCCGGAACAUUUCAUCGAAGGUCGGGUGUUUUGGGGGGGGAUCCGCAUUUCAUGCCCGAGAGAACCUUUUUGGAUGCACAGCGAUCAGCAAUCGAAGACUUCGCCAUGAACAAAAACAAGAAAGAGAGAGAGUUCUACAGCCUGGAUGUGGGCGACUCGACGUUUACAGUAUUAAAACGAUACCAGAACCUAAGACCCAUUGGAUCGGGAGCUCAGGGAAUCGUCUGCUCUGCCUAUGACCAAGUCCUUGAGAAAAAUGUCGCCAUCAAGAAGCUGAGUCGGCCAUUUCAGAACCAGACCCACGCCAAGAGGGCGUUCAGAGAACUGGUCCUAAUGAAAUGUGUCAAUCACAAAAAUAUCAUCGGCCUCUUAAAUGUGUUCACGCCCCAAAAAUCCCUGGAAGAGUUCCAGGAUGUAUACUUGGUGAUGGAGCUGAUGGACGCCAACCUUUGCCAGGUCAUUCAGAUGGAGCUGGACCAUGAGAGGCUGUCUUAUCUGCUCUAUCAGAUGUUGUGCGGUAUCAAACACCUCCACGCCGCCGGCAUCAUUCACAGGGACCUCAAACCCAGCAACAUUGUCGUCAAGUCGGAUUGCACGCUGAAGAUCUUGGACUUCGGCUUGGCUCGAACGGCCGCCACGGGCCUCCUGAUGACGCCGUACGUGGUGACGCGCUACUACAGAGCACCGGAGGUCAUCUUGGGCAUGGGCUACCAAGCUAAUGUGGAUGUGUGGUCAGUGGGCUGCAUAGUGGCCGAGAUGAUCAGGGGAAGUGUGCUGUUCCCCGGCACUGAUCACAUUGACCAGUGGAACAAAGUCAUCGAGCAGCUCGGCACCCCAUCUCAGGACUUCCUCAUGAAACUCAACCAGUCGGUAAGAACGUACGUGGAGAACCGGCCGCGCUACGCGGGAUACAGCUUUGAGAAGCUCUUCCCAGAUGUUCUCUUCCCAGCCGAUUCCGAUCACAACAAACUGAAAGCAAGCCAGGCAAGAGAUCUCUUAUCCAAGAUGUUAGUGAUUGACGCCUCCAAGCGCAUAUCUGUGGACGAGGCCCUGCAGCACCCCUAUAUCAACGUUUGGUACGACCCAGCGGAAGUGGAGGCGCCCCCGCCUAAGAUUCUUGACAAGCAGCUGGAUGAGAGGGAACAUACCGUGGAGGAGUGGAAAGGGCUGAUUUAUAAGGAAGUCAGCGACUGGGAGGAAUGGACGAAAAAUGGCGUGAUCAGAGGACAGCCGUCUCCUCUCGGUGCAGCAGUGAUUGACAGCCCCCCUCAACCUUCUUCCUCCUCCUCCUCGUCCUCCUCCUCUUCUUCAGCCAAUGACGUGUCGUCCAUGUCCACAGAGCCCACGGUGACCUCUGAAACAGACAGCAGUUUGGACAGCCACACUUCUCUCGGAGCUCUGGCCUGUUGCAGAUAACACACACACACACACACAUUUAGUCCACUGUAAUCUAUCCUCAUCAGUGCACAUUAUAGUGUUAGAGGUGGGAUAGUUCUCCUAUUAGUUUGUAGAGCUGCGCUUUCAAUGUACAGUUUGUUGUUAUUGGCCCUGAUACUAUUGUAAAUGACUGUGCUUUCAAAUGGUAUCAUUAUUAUUAUUAUUAUUAUUAUUAUGAUUAUUAUGAUUGUAUUUUUGCUGCAAAGAGUAUGUUUUGAUGUGAACCUGAUGUUUGUAAUGAGCGGGGGGCGACGUGAUAGGGGAUUUGUGCAUCAGUGUGCGGCUACACAGUGGCAUCACGGCACGCUGGUAAAGUGUUUUUUUUUUUUUUUAAAUACUUUCUUAAAAUGCUGAUUCAGCAUUCGGGAUGUUUUAAAUGAAUCCACUAUCGGAUGUGAAUAUUUCCUGUUUUUUUUUUUCCCCCUCGUCUGUGCAGAUGUAUCCUUCAGCGUGUUUUUCCGCCGGGCAUCGGACUUUUGUUACGUCGGCAUACUGUCCAACGUACUGCUGUGUAUUCUACUGUUACUUACAGAACAGGGUGAAUGUAAGCAAAAAGUCAACAAGACGCUAACACACUUGGCUCCAAAAGUUAGAACACUGCAAACAAUGACGUCUAAGCAGGUUAAAUACCUGAAAUCUUGGUCAGAAAUCCAUAUUUAAUAAGAAUAUAUUAUUACCGUAAUUCUACAACACAAUACAGGUAGGUGGUGCUCGGUUUACGGUAUUUUGUCUUAUGUUGUUUUGUGGCUACCUAUGGACUCCCAUAAAUUCUUUAUUUUGGUUUAUUUUGGCGGCACGGUGGUCAAGUGGUUAGCGCGCAGACCUCACAGCUAGGAGACCAGGGUUCAAUUCCACCCUUGGUGUGGAGUUUGCAUGUUCUCCCCAUGGAUGCGUGGGUUUUCUCCGGUUUCCUCCCACAUUCCAAAAACAUGCUAGGUUAAUUGGCGACUCCAAAUUGUCCAUAGGUAUGAAUGUGAGUGUGAAUGGUUGUUUGUCUAUAUGUGCCCUGUGAUUGGCUGGCGCCUCUCGCCCGAAGUCAGUCCGGAUAGGCUCCAGCACCCCCGCAACCCUCGUGAGGAUAAGCGAUAGAAAAUGAAUGACUCAUUUUUCCCCUUCGAUAUCGUUACUGAUGACUUUUGGGGAAUUUUGUUUCAAUACCGCUACCAAUUGGGCUGCAUAGCGCACAAGUGGUUAGCAUACAGGCCUCACAGCUGGGAGACACGAGUUCAAUUCCACCCUCGGCCAUCUUUAUGUUGAGUUUUCGUGGGUUUUAUCCGGGUACUCCGGUUUCCUCCCACAUUCCAAAAACAUGCUAGGUUAAUUAGCCACUCCAAAUUGUCCAUAGGUAUGAAUGUGAGUGUGAAUGGUUGUUUGUCUAUAUGUGCCUUGUGAUUGGCUGGCCACCAGUCCAGGGUGUACCCCGCCUCUCGCCCGAAGUCAGUCCGGAUAGGCUCCAGCACCCCCCGUGACCCUUGUGAGGAUAAGCGGUAGAAAAUAAAUGAAUGAAUGAAUCAUUUUUCCCCUUCGAUAUCGUUACUGAUGACUUUUGGGGAAUUUUGUUUCAAUACCGCUACCAAUUGGGCUGCACGGCGGACGAGUGGUGAGCACGCAGGCCUCACAGCUAGGAAACCCAGGUUCAAUUCCACCCUUUGCCAUCUCUGUGUGGAGUUUGCAUGUUUGCAUUCCAAAAACAUGCUAGGUUAAUUGGCGACUCCAAAUUGUCCAUAGGUAUGAAUGUGAGUGUGAAUGGUUGUUUGUCUAUAUGUGCCCUGUGAUUGGCUGGCCACCAGUCCAGGGUGUACCCCGCCUCUCGCCCAAAAGACAGCUGGGAUAGGCUCCAGCACCCCCCGCGACCCUCGUGAGGAAAAGCGGUAGAAAAUAAAUAAACACAAUAAAAUGUAUGGCAUUUUUAUGCUCCACUGAUUUUUUUUUUGGACAAGUACUGAGAUGUCGCACUUUAUUGAGCAGCCCUUGAACUCACUAUAGUUGCAUAGUGCAGAGCGACAGUGUAACAUGUAUGUAUAAGUCUCUGACGUCUGUUCAUGGGUCAUCUUACAGUGCUAUUCAUUAGUGGCGAGUGCUUGAAGUGUUUUCCAACAUGUGGCACGGGGUCAGACGUGACACGGCGUGACACACGCGUUGAUCAUGCUAAGAAUUUUAAUAUAAUUAAUUCAAUAAAUCCGUCCCCACCGUUUGUUAACAUGCUAUUUUUAACAGCCAUGGUAAUAACAUAAUAAAAUGUAUGGCAUUUUUAUGCUACACUGAUUUUUUUUUGACAAGUACUGAGAUGUCGCAAUUUGUUGAGCAGCCCUUGAACUCACCAUAGUUGCAUAGUGCAGAGCGACAGUGUAACAUGUAUGUAUAAGUCUCUGAUGUCUGUUCAUGGGUCAUCUUCCAGUGCUAUUCAUUAGUGGCGAGUACUUGGAGUGUUUAUCCAACAUGUGGCACGCGGUCAGGCCGUGAACAUGAUGUAUCGAUGCUGUACUCGGUGGUGAAUAAACGGGGACACGGCAUGUACGGUGUUAGUGUUACUUAAGAUGAGCAGAUUUGAUGAAAAAUAUACUUUUUUUUUUUUUUAGUGAAAGUAUUUUGGCCAUGAUUUCAGGUAUUUGAGUUUUUGCUGAGUCAUCUUUAGCAUUUGAUGCUUUCAGACGUUCAUACGAGAUGUCUGGUAGUUAUGAUCUUUUAUUUAAGUGCCCUUACUGAGUUUCAAGUGAUUUUUUUUAACUCCUCAAAGUUGAGUUCUACCUCGCAUACACACACAUCAUUAUUAUUAUUAUUAUUAUUAUUAUAAUUAUAGCUCCGGUAUGCAUAUCACACAAAACAUUGAAGGAAUAUGUCUUUUGUUUUUUUUCUUCUUCUUCCACUUUGUAUAUAUUUAUUUAUUUAUUUAAUUAUUUAUUCCAAGUGCAAAUGCAUUUGUUGUAUGUAAAAUGUACAUGUAGCUAAGAAAGUACUGUUUUCUUUUUCUAUGUUUGAUUGCAUUGUGCAAUAUAGAUUGUUUAGAUUUAGACUAGUCAAAGAAAAAUGAGGUGUACAUUGUAGUGUCGAUGUAUGUAUGGGAGUUAACCAACCAGGUCAGGCUGCCAUGAUGCUUCCUUUAUUCGGAUUGUGUUGGACCCAAUUCCGGUAUUGGGUACUCCACACAAGCUCCCAGAAUGCACUUGGGGAUUAUUGUGAUGCAUGUCCUUGCACCUUGCUGGGCCAUAUUUUCCAAUGACUGUUUGUGACUUCCUGUUUGUUUUUUUUUUCUUUUUCAUGUGGCUUUUCUUCUGUCCUAAACAUCUAAAGAAGAAUAGAAGUUUUCAUAUUGGAUUGAACCUACAGGAAGCAGCAUAACCGGGUUGUAAAGUACUGGCAACACAAAUAUGAAACCUGUGAGCUGUUUUUUUUUUUUUUAAUGAAUCUGGCAUCAGAACAUUAAAAAAAGAAAAAAGUCCAAGUGUCCAUCUUCAACUCUGGAAAAUAAAAGAGUUGAAUUUGAAUCUUUUGUUUUGUUUUUUUUUACUUUCCAAGAGGAUGUAAAAGGUAAGAAAUGAUUCAUUUAUUUACUGCUUAUCUUGUACAAGUUCACAGUGGGGUGAGCUGGAGCCUAUCCCGGCAAACCAAUUUAACAUCUUCAAUGAACCCAACAUGCGUGGAAGACGAUAGUGGAGGAGGACGCCUGCAGAGAAGCUACACGUGAAGUUCUUCCACAGUUUUGUCCAGGUCAGAACUCCUCCUUGCUUCAUUUUAAUUCAUUUGAGUUUUGAUUCAUUCAUUUUGCGGGGGUGCUGGAGCCUAUCCCAGCUGUUUUUGGGCGAGAGGCGCGGUACACCCUGGACUGGCCGAGGGUGGAAUUGAACCCUG